AUGUCAACAACCGCAAAUGCCCGAAAUACGGCAGAAAAUAGCAGGCGACCCUCAGCAACAUCCGGUGCCAAAUCCAGAGCUUCUUCGUCUCGUCUGGGAGCAAGAGAAAGACCGCUCUCUUCUGCGGAGGUAAUACCGGAAGAUUCUGCGAGUAAUGGGCCCCAUAAAAGAAGCGCGUCUGGUGCGCAGAAAAGGAAUGGCCCCACCACAACAUUUGGUGAGAGACAGACCGGAAGGGUACACCUGGCAACAAGGGAGAGUCUACAGGUUCGAACAAGAAGCCCGGUGAAAGUACCCGUGAGCGAUGGUAUCGAAGACUGGGGAUCGAAGGAAAGGGUGUCGGCACGACAGAGUAGUCCGGCAGUGGAAGGGCAGGCUCAAGCCCCGAGGAAAGAGAAGAAAGCAGCUCUACCGCCUCUGGCCGCUCGCAUCUCUGCGUCUCCCCUAUCGUCUCUCAUGCCCGAAUCUCUUGAGCCUGAACUGUUGACAAAUCUGACGCCUGACAACCAGGAGUCUGCCAUUCUGGAAGACCUUCUAUUCGUUUUCAUGGGAUAUGAAGGACAAUAUAUUCGAUACGUAGACAAGUACAACCCAUUGCUGGAGAAGGACCGGUUGUCAGGACCGGGCUUUCGAGUACUCCCAGGACUUGAUCCCAGUCUUCGAGAUCUUACAACCUCCGUGUUGAAGAUGGCAACCUACUACAGUGCUAUGGAAGCCUUUGUAGAGGUGCAGAGUAGGGAAGAGUUCGGGGCUAUCAAUCACGCACUGUGUGCUUCGAUAUCGAAGCUGCUGAAAGAGUAUCUUGUGCUCAUUGUCCAGCUGGAGCAUCAACUUCUCAGUAACCCUUCUUUCACUUUACAUCUUCUCCAUCUACAUACUCUUCCUACAAGUCAUAUGAUGUUUCAACUUUACACUCUAGCCCAGGAGAUACUGAAAAAGAAUUCGCUGUCAGAAGAGGACCUUGAUGAUUCGGUCGAUGGCUUUGACGAUGUCGACAACAUCUUGGAACAGCUUCGAGAAGGUGGCGAUCUCGCUCCUGGUAGCAUGGCGAAGAAAAUAUGCAAAGGGGGCAACGUGCUACGUCUCCUUACAGAGCGAUUAUCUUUCAUGUCCGGAGAUCCUGCCGCGAGGACGCUUCUGCAGACUCUUCUACGAGAUGCGAGCCGACCAUACAUGGCGAUGCUGAACGAAUGGCUCCACCAUGGUGGUAUCAAGGAUCCACAUUCUGAAUUCCUCAUCAAAGAGCAGCAAAGUAUCAAACGGGAAAAGCUGGAAGAGGACUACACCGACGAAUACUGGGAAAAGAGGUACACCAUCCGCGACAAUGACGUACCCCCACAGCUAGAAGGCGUGAAGGAUAAGGUACUGUUGGCUGGGAAAUACCUUAACGUUGUUCGAGAAUGCGGAGGCGUGGAUGUCAGCAAAGAGGUCAAAGACGUGCCAAAGUCAUUCGACGACCCUCAGUUUCUUGACAACGUCAAUAGUGCCUACGCUCACGCAAAUUCCUCCCUGCUCAAUCUGCUCGUCACGACACAUGCUCUCGGAGCCCGGCUACGGUCAAUGAAACACUACUUUUUCCUUGACAGAUCGGACUUCUUUACCUACUUCCUCGACCUCAGCACGUCCGAGCUAAAGAAACCUUGGAGACUCGUCAAUGUUGGAAAAUUGCAGUCUCUCCUCGAUCUCGUACUGCGUCAACCAGGGACCGUGGGCGCCCAGGACCCUUUCAAGGAAGAUGUCAAAGUGCAGAUGAACAAUGUCGGACUGACUCAAUUGGUAAUGCGUGUUGUCAAUGUGAGAGGUUUCGAUGAGGAGCCCACUCCAGAGAGCGUUGACCGCUAUCGCACACCAGCUACGAGACCGGCUACCGACGAAGAGGACAAGAUGACUGGCUUUGAAGCGCUCGAAUUCAAAUUUUCCGUACCUUUUCCGUUGUCGCUAGUCAUCAGCAGUAAGACGGUGUUCAGAUAUCAGAUCCUAUUCCGAUACCUCUUGUCAAUGCGUCACCUCGAGGGUCUGCUUGUGAGCAGCUGGGAAGAUCAUAACAAAGUCCUCAGCUGGACUCAUAAGAGCGGUGAUCCAAAGCUCGAGAUGUGGAAACGAAGAGCAUGGACACUUAGAGCGAGGAUGCUAGUCUUCGUUCAGCAAACGCUCUACUAUUGUACGUCUGAAGUCAUCGAACCUAAUUGGCAGGCUUACAUGGCACGUGUCAAUGGCGACGAUAAGCUUGAUGGAAGUGGCCGCCCUGGGUCUUCGAAGACCACUCGAACGGUCGACGAAUUGAUGGAAGACCAUGUAGAUUUCCUGGAUACAUGCCUGAAAGAAUGCAUGCUCAUGAACUCCAAACUACUCAAGAUCCACAGCAAGCUCACCUCCGCCUGCACCAUGUUUGCAACCUACACCAGCACCCUCUCCCGCACCCUCUUCGCCUGCUCCCCCUCCCUCGCUGGCACUCCCGCCCACCUCACCUACCUGACAACCACAUCAUACCGCCACAAGAACGCCCAAUCGAUCCCUGAUGAGAUCAAAGCGUACGAUCCGAAGAAGUUGGAGAAUCUAACGGAAAUGCUGGGCAAGUAUGAGUAUAAUUUCAAUCAUCAUCUGAAGCUGCUGUUAGCUGCGUUGGAUUAUUAUGCGGCGACGGAGACUGUGGCGCUGAGUAGGCUGUGUGCGAUGCUGGGGAGUGCGAUUAACGGAGGAGGUGAAGAUGAAAAGAGGGAGUUCUGA